AUGGGGAAAGGUGGUAGUAAGGCCAUUGGAAAAGCACAGAACGCAACAAAAGCCACGAAUGCUGCUGCCGAGGUGAAGAAGCAAUCGGGAUCGAAGCCUAAGAAUACAGCAAAGGAGCUGGAACUCGAGAAGCUUGUCAAGAAAAGGGAGCAAGCUUCCAAGACACAGCGCAGCAAGAUUGACAAUGACAAUGAAGGUGCUGCCAGCGACGCAGAGCCUGACCUUCAGGGCAAGGAUUUGUUAGGGCGCGCCAAAGGCAAACCUGUAGCCAGAAAGGGGCGCCAGUCCAGCGCUGCCAAGGGCGCGUCUUGUGCAGAAGACGAUGUUGCCAUGGAUGAAUGUGACGGCAGCGGCAUGGACUAUGUGAAGCAGGGCAAGAAGGGUGUCAAGAAGUCAGCUGCUCAUGGCAAGGCAUGCGCAGCACAGGAGAGUGCAGAGGAUGAAGCAGAUGAUACAGAUGAUGAUGCAGAAGACCCAGAUGCUGGUGAGGGUGACAGCAGUGCUCAACACGAAGAGGGCAGCGAAGACAGCGAUUCCAACAGUCUGGGUGGCUGCAGCAGUGACAGCGAUGAUGGUGAUAAUGACGACGAUGAUGACAGCGAUGAAGAGGAGCCCCCAUCGCAUGUCAGGGCAGGCAGGAAAGCGAAGGGCAAGGCUCCUUCAAAGCAGCCCGAACUCAGGCUCAACAGGAAGAAGAUCAAGAAGGGUCACCAAGGCAGGCAUGAACUGUUGGCAGCAAUAAAGUCCCUCUUUGAAGAAAAGUCAGAGAAGAAAGGACGCAAAAAGAGCACCAACGAGGAGCAGAGCACACUCACCCCUGAUCAGAGAAAGGACAUUGUACGCUACUGCAAAGAGCACCUGGCCAAAAGAUCCAUGUACCCAUCCCACGCUGAGCUGGAGAAGGCCGCCAAGAAGCUGGCGAAGGGUGAAGACGAGAAGAGCGCAUCCUUCAGGCGGGCCGUCAAAAAAGUGGUGAGCACAGCAAUGACUAAGCAGGUCCGGGGCGAGACCUCCAAGGCAGUCAAGGCAGCCAGGACCAAGUAUUACGGCUAG